UUCCAAGCCAUCUCUCUCUCCCUCUCUCUCUAGAGCUAAUCUAUGGCCGCCAAACGCUUCUUUGAUGAUUCUACCUCCGACCCGGAUUCACCAACAGGAAGACGGAUCAGAAGUCGACCCUCUUUAGCUUCUGUUGUAGGACAAGCUGUUGUGGCAAAUUCCAUACAGAACUUGUGUAUGAUCUUAGAACCAAUGCUUAAAAGAGUGGUGGGUGAGGAAGUUGAGAAGACACUCAAAAGAUGCUCCAGGGCAACCCUCACUAGGCAACCUUCCAAUAGAAUCCAAGCACUCGAACCUUCAACUCUACAACUUGUUUUUCCCAAAACCCUAACACUCCCAAUCUUCACAGGAAGCAAAGUAGUCGAUACCGAUAACUGUCCCCUUCAAAUCCUUCUUGUAGAAAAACUAAGUACAGGAUGCCAUAACCAAAUGCUUCCAACUACACUACCUUACCCUAUCAAAAUAGAGAUUGUUGUUCUUGAUGGGGACUUCCCUAGUGGAGAUAGCCAGAUUUGGACAAGUCAAGACUUUGAUAACAAUGUUUUGAAGGAAAGGACAGGGAAGAGGCCUUUGUUGGCUGGGGAUUGCUUGAUUGUCACAAUGAGAGAUGGGGUUGCUAGUAUUGGCGAUUUCGAGUUCACCGAUAAUUCGAGCUGGAUUCGGAGCAGAAGGUUCAGGAUUGGAGCUAGAGUGGCUCUGGGGAGUACUAAUCCUGAUGGUGUUCGGAUUCGAGAAGCCAUGACUGAAGCUUUUGUUGUCAAAGAUCAUCGCGGAGAGUUGUACAAAAAGCAUCAUCCACCAAGUUUGGAAGAUAAAGUAUGGAGACUGGAAAAGAUAGGAAAAGAAGGUGCAUUUCAUAAGAAGUUAGCUUCUGAGGGCAUCAAAACAGUCCAAGACUUCUUGAAGCUGUCCACUGUUAAUCCAUCAAAGCUUAGGAAGAUCUUAGGUGGGAUGUCUGAUAAAAUAUGGGAAGUGACAAUGAAGCAUGCAAGAACAUGUGUAAUGGGCAACAAACACUAUAUUUACAAAGGACACAAUUGCACCAUCAUCUUGAACCCUAUCUGUGAAGUUGUCAGGGCUGUGAUUGAAGGUCAAAUGUACUUCACUAGCGAUCUAACCAACAAUAUUAGGACCUAUAUUCAAUCAAUGGUAAGGGAAGCAUGCACAAAUUGGCAUACAUUGGAGGAGGUAGAAGGACUUUUCAAUGAAACUGCUCUGCUAACACAAGGUGACAUGGUGGAUCAAUAUCCCAAUUACCAUCAGCAGGGGAUGGUGAUAUCAUAUCAGCAAAAUGGACACCGACAGGCGAAUUCGAGCUACUUUGGAGCUCCAGUUGAACGAAGACUACAAUACAGCAUCUCCGAGUCUUCGUCAGACGGAGAGUAUAUGCCUUCAAAGUCUUUCAUCAAUGGUGGUUGACAGUGUAUCAGUAGCGUGAGUAGACGUAUUGUAAGAUAUUUGUAUUGGUGUAGGAAUUAAGUUGUCAUCUGCUUCAUGGCAAUCCACCCCAUUCGCUGCUUCUUUCUGCAAAAAAGGAAGAUAUAUAUAUAUAUAAUCUCAGUAUGAAGAAAGUGUUGAAGUUUCCUGUCUA